CACUACCCCGGAAAGGGGUAGAAUUAAUAAAAAGAAGACUGCGUUCAUGUUUUAUAUCAAUCUGGAAGAAAAAUCUGUUGUAUAAAAGAGUAAAAGACACACCUUUAUUGUUAACAAUCAACAAGUAAAUUGAAUACCAAAACAGUGUUUCUGUAACAAUUUAAAUGAUUACUUUACCCUCUAAAAAGGAGUUGAUAUACAAACACGAACCACAACUUCUUUGCCUGAAAAUCGAUAAAAGCUUGCGCGAUACGCCCUGAAUCCUGGAAUAACUUUUCCAUUUUUCCAUCAUGUCUGUGACGCAACAGGAAUUAUGUAAACAUUUUUAUCAAAAAAUCAAUUCCUGUAAUCAUAAUUCUAUUGCGUAUUAGUUAGAAUAAUUGGUAAAAAUGAGGCACAUUGAAGGCCGGCAAAUUGCAAUUUAUUCAAAUACAUAUAGGCGGCACACCUUUCUCAAGAAAAUUUGCAAUGUCACUACAUAGAUUUAAGUUUAGUAUCUUUUAUUACGUAGUUGUAACAACAUAGUUUUAGUGCAAAAUGAGAUAUUUGAUUGGCUCAUUUCUUCUCGCCUCCAUGGCUCUAAUUGCCACCUCAUCACCCACAAGCCUUACCAGUGGAGCUACCAUAAUAGCACCUGACGAACCUGGAACCUUAAUAAAAGGACCAACUUCAAAAGCUACAGUUAAAGGACCUUCUGGACCACUCAUCGUAGCUGUUGGAGAUACAGGAGCUGUCAUCUCGGCGAGAAUCAAUGGCGGAAUUGUGAGUGCAUCAGCUGAAUCAUCUGGCAGUGUAGUUCUUCCAGUGGCUCCAAUUGCUGUUCCACUAGAACCAGUGGCUCUAGGGAGUUUGCACAUAAAUGCUGGAUAUUGAUGAAUUAGUUUGUAAAUUUAUAUUAAAUAAAAUUUGAUACCUACAUACAUACAUAUAUAAACUUAUUUUGCAAAGCUUCUUCAUAAAUAUACUGAGGCUUUUUUGCAAUAUGUGGGUAAUUCCAAAAGCUUAUCAAAUUUAUUAGCCUGUUAUGUCAUGUUUAGUCAAAUAAUCUUUAGCUAAUAAAUUUUCAUUUAACAUA